AUGAAUUAUUAUCUCUUGGUUACCCUGCUACUCCUCAUACCUUUAUUCUUCUUCGCUGCCCAAUUUCGCCGGAAAAUCAAGAACCUUCCGCCGACGAUCUUCCCAACCCUCCCCGUUAUCGGCCACCUCCACCUGUUGAAGAGACCCAUCUACAGAACCUUCGCCACAAUCUCCGCCAAACACGGCCCAAUCCUCCUCCUCCGUUUCGGAUCCCGCCGUGUCCUCUUGCUCUCCUCCCCUUCUGCCGCCGAAGAAUGUUUCACCAAGAACGACAUCAUCUUCGCCAAUCGCCCUCGUUUACUCGCCGGCAAGAUUCUUGGCUUCAACUACACCGGUAUCGUUUGGGCACCAUAUGGUGACCACUGGCGCAACCUUCGUCGGAUGGGCGCCAUCGAGAUCUUCUCCUCUCACCGGCUCAACGACUUCCAUGACGUACGGGCCGAUGAAGGAAGACUUUUGGUACAUAAGCUGGUCUCAGAAGGUUGGUCGACGGUGAACUUGAAGUCGAUAUUCCAUGAGUUGACGUUGAACAUGAUGAUGAGGAUGAUCUCCGGGAAGAGAUACUUCAAAGGCGGAACUGAUGAGGAGGAAGGGAAACAGUUCGAGGAGAUAGUGAAGGAGACGUUUCUGUUGGGCAGUGCUUUGAAUUUGGUGGAUCACUUGCCGAUUUUGAGUUGGUUGGGAGUGAAAGGAUUCGAAAAGAAGUUGAUUUCGUUGCAGAAAAAGAGAAGUUCAUUCAUUCAAGAUUUAAUCGAGCAAUUUAGAAACGCGAAACAUGUCGAACCGGAACCGGAGAAUAACAAGAAUAAGAAGAAGACGAUGAUCGAAGCCUUUUUGCUGCUUCAAGAAACAGAUCCCGAUUACUACACAGAUGAACUCAUUAAAGCUUUUGUGCUGAACCUACUAACUGCUGGUACGGACACUUCUACUGCAACUAUGGAAUGGGCUUUUGCCCUUUUGCUCAACCAUCCACACGUUCUCAAGAAAGCACAAAACGAAAUCAGUACUCACUUGAACCAGAAGCGUUUUGUUGAUGAAUCAGACAUGGGCAGCCUCCCUUACCUCCAAUGCAUUCUAAACGAGACUUUGCGAAUGUACCCUGCUGCCCCACUGCUCGUACCUCACGAGUCAUCCGAAGAUUGCAUGGUGGGAGGCUAUCACAUCCCACGUGGCACCAUGCUACUUGUCAAUCAAUGGGCCAUCCAUCAUGAUCCCGACUUGUGGAGUGAGCCUGAAAGGUUCAACCCAGAAAGGUUCCAAGGCACGAGAGAUGGGUUUAAGUUUAUGGCAUUUGGGUCCGGAAGGAGGAGUUGUCCAGGGGAAGGGUUGGCUAUGCGUAUGGUUGGAUUGACGUUGGGAUUGUUGAUUCAAUGCUUUGAUUGGGAAAGGGUUAGUGAAGAAAUGGUUGAUAUGAGCGAAGGUCCUGGCCUCACCAUGCCCAAGGCUCAACCUUGUGUAGCCAAGUGUAGACCACGUCCAAUGACCCUGAGGUUAAUAUCUCAGGCAAACACGUGUCCAUGAGGUUCACCCUAGUUCAUUUUAGGAUUCUAAAUAUAUCCAUGACUUCUUAACGUAAUAAUAUCCAUAUAAUGUCAAUCGAGGUCUUCUAGUCUUCUUUGUUUUGUAUAUAUU